CGCAUGCGAGAGAUGGUCUGGGCGGGGCCAUGUUCAUCAUGGUAUAAGCUUCCUAAUGGAAAAGUCAUAGUUCCUUGGCCAGGGACAAUACUUCACUACUACGCCGCCACAGAGAUAGUAAGAUGGGAGGACUAUGAAAUAAGGUUUGAGAAUGAGAAGCAAAAGUUUGCAAGUUACGGAAAUGGUAUUACACGAGAAGGAUUUACUCUUGAUAGUAUACCUUGGCUGAACCACAAU